AUGGCCUCUAUUCGCGUUCUUUCCUUCGAUGCUGAGGGCCGUCCCGUGCAGUUCACUUCCUGGCUCGACGACCUGCAGUUGUAUCUUAUGAGCAAUAGCACGGACCACAUCUCCCUCUAUGACUACGCGUCUGGUGCUGCCGCUGCUCCUGCUGCCACAGCCGAGCUUAGUGUACGUUACGCUGCAGCUCGCCUGGCUAUUCGCAGUCACCUGCCGUUAGCUGAGCUAGAGCACUUUGGCGACUGCAAAACCGCUAAAGCCCUAUACGACGCUGUCGUUGCUCGCUACUCCUCACCUGCCACAGCCGAGCUUAGCCGUCUCAUGCUGCCUUACCUGUUCCCUGACCUGUCCACCUUUGCUACAGUCGCCGAUCUUAUCACCCACCUUCGCACUAGUGAUGCUCGCCUGCGUGCCGCCCUUCCCACCGAGUUCUGCGCUAAGAACCCCCCUCCCCUGUACUGGGCACUCCACUUCAUAGUCACCCGUCUCCCUGACACCCUCAGCUCAGUGCGCGACUAUUUCCUUGCUCGCUGUCCCACUGAGCUCACUGUCGCCCUCCUAGAGGAGAAGCUGCUAGCAGCCGAGAAGAGCAUUGUAGCUGUAGGUGCUGCUCGCGGCGCUCCUCGCACCCCCAUCUUUGAGGGGUGUUCUCCCUCUCCCCUCGCUCCCUCCUACGCUACUGCUGCUGCUGUUGACUUCCUUGGUGCUGAGUCUGCUGGCGCUGCUUCUGCUCCUGGUGGGAGGCGCCGCACCGGCAAGGGCAAGGGGGGCAAGGGUGGCGGGGGUGGCGCUGGGGGGGGAGGGGGUGGGGGAGGUGGGGGGGGAGGCGGUGCUGGAGGGAGCGGUGGCGGGAGUGCCGGUGGGAGUGGGGCCGGCGGCGGAGGCGGGGGCGGCGGCGGGAGCAGUGGCGGUGGUGGCAGCGGCGGCAGUGGCGGCGGUGGCGGUAGUGGCGGUGGCGGUGGCGGUGGUGGCGGUCGGAGCGGAGGUAGUGGCGGCGGUGGAGGUCGGAGUGGAGGCACCGGCUCGGGCCAGAGCUCCCAGCAGCAGCAGCGUCCCCAGUCGACGACUUGGUCUUUGCUACUGCUGACACUGAGGCACUCGCUCGUGUGA